AGAUCAGAUUCUCUCAACAGAGACCUCCCGUCAGCGCAGAUAUCCAGACAAUGGCACCCACAAUGGCUGCAGCAAUGACCGAUCCUCAGAGGCAAAUGUCUCCAAACCAUAAGCUCAGAAAGCCUCUGGUGGAGAAGUUACGCAGAGAGCGAAUCAACAGCAGCAUCGAGCAGCUCAAGUCUCUCCUGGGUCCAGAGUUCCUCAAGCAGCAGCCAGACUCCAAGCUGGAGAAAGCAGACAUCCUGGAGAUGACCGUCUGCUUCCUGAGCCGACUGCAGCAGCAGCAGCAGCAGCAGCAGCAGGAGCAGCAGCAUCCAGAUGUGGUGACCAGAGCUGCUGAUCAGGGCUACUCCAGAUGUGUGCGAGAGGUGGCACACUUCCUGUCCAAAGACCAGCUGGAGACAAAGUCCCAAAGAAGACUGCUGGACCACUUCAAUAAGCAGCAGACUUCCUCUGACAAGAACCUGAAAGAGGCUGACUUCUCUUCUCUGAACGCAGCAGUCCAGAGAAGCGUCAAUAAAGAAAAUAAUCCCAUCAACAGCGCCCUCUGGCGGCCGUGGUAGACAUCUACAAACUGAAGUCACUACCGUGAAAAAGUGUACCAGACUGUAUCAUGUAUUCCUUCUUCUUUACUUUACUUUGAUUGUGCUUUUUUAUGCACGUUAUCACAUUUCCUAUGGAAAUUACAACAAUAUAUUUCCUUUUAAAAAGAAAUAUUUUUCUUGUUGCAUUGACCAAAUAUUAUUGCCUUUGCAAUUGUGAUUUCACCGUAAAUCUAUGAUUUAUGCCUUAUGCUGAUCAUAAUGGUCAAAAAUGAAACUGUUCAGUUUUUUGAGGACAAAUGUUUAACUGUACCUGAGUUGUCUACUGCGUAGAAUCUUUUAUGUCUUGUGAAUCACCUAAUGCAAAACAUCAUCACCACUGUGAUGACCCAAUGCCUUUAUUUUAGAGGGCUUUGUUCGACUGAUGAUUGAAAACCUAAAUGUCUUUAGUAAGAAAGAGGUAAUUUUCAAUUGUUACUUUACCAAUGUUUUAGUGGGGUUGUCUCACAUUUGAGUGGGGCUUAGGCUCAUGUGAUCUGUUGUAAGGUCAGUCUACUUUAUUCUAAGCUUAUUAAACAUUUAGUGAUUAAUUUGAGUUGCAUUUGCAAAUGCCGGAAAUCCGUUGUCUUUUUAAAAAGACGUUUCUCUUAACUUUAUGCUCUGUGAGCAUACUAUGUCUUGUUGAAAUUUACAAGUUGUCGUUGUGAUGUGUCAUCACUUCCCACUGGACUUUCUGUACUUUAUGCCUUGUGCCUUUAAUAAACAACUGAGCUGAA